CUUAGCCUACAACCCCGUAUGCACGUUUCCAUUAUAAGACCAAUACUCUACGUCGUUACAUGCACUAGAUAAGCAAACUGUUUACGGGUAAAUAAUUUUAUUGAGGUGUCACACAAUGAUAAAGUAUUUUAAAGAUAAGUGAAACUUGAGAUAUAAUUAACUAUAAAAUGGAAAUGAUCAGGACCAAUGGCACCGACAGACUUACGAAGGCUACAUACUUCUGGGUAUGAAAUUCCCAAUCGCGACCGAAGAUUGUCAUUGCAUCUUAACCGCGACACCCGACUUUUAAAUUGCUAUUAUCAGUAUCAUGGGAUUGGAUUUUAUUGAGGGACCGGGCGAGGAUUUUGAGAGAGCUUUGGAAUGUGCUGGUUUUGGAAAAUUUCAUUUUGCUCUUCUUACAAUAUGCGGCCUAAUUUAUUUAAAUACGGCGAUGGGAAUUACAAUAAUCUCGUUCGUUUUGCCAUCUGCACAGUGCGAUUUUCAAAUGACGUCAGAAGACAAGGGUUGGCUUACCGCAGCCCCUAUGUUGGGAAUGGUUUUGGGGUCAUAUUUUUGGGGAUGUUUAGCUGAUACGAAAGGAAGAAAGUUUGUUCUAAUAGGCGCGUUGCUUAUGGACGGAAUAUGUGGAGUUGCAUCGAGCAUGUCGCAAUUUUAUUGGAUAUUUCUGAUGUUUCGCUUCUUUAAUGGAUUUGCGAUCACAGGUGCGAUGGGAAUUUGUUUUCCGUAUUUGGGAGAAUUUCAACCCAGUAAAUAUCGAGAAACAAUUCUUUGUUGGAUGGAACUAUUUUGGACCGUAGGCGUUAUUGUGUUGCCAGGAAUUGCGUGGAUUGUAAUACCUAUGCAGUUCGAAUAUGUAACGGACAAUUUCAAAUUUGCAAGUUGGAAUUUGUUUGUGGCAGUUUGCGCAUUGCCUAGCUUAUUAAUCGGUUUUUGGCUAUGCUUUUUCCCCGAAAGUCCCAAAUUUCUCCUAGAAUGUGGGGAAGCAGACGAAGCACUUGAGGUACUACGAGAAAUGUUUGCGAGCAAUACAGGCGAAUCCGUCGUCGAUUUUCCGAUUCGUAGUUUGCGGGAGAAAACUCGGAAUAUGAGCGUAAUAUCACAACAAUCUACGCGAAGCAUACGUAGUUUGAGGAUUCGCAAACCAAAAGAGCUUCGGCUGCUUAUUUUGGAAAUUUGGGAGCAAACGAAGGCACUGUGUAAACCACCCCAUUUAAAAUAUACUGUGAUAACAUGCCUCAUACAGUUUGGUUUAACAACCAGCUAUUAUACGCUUAUGAUAUGGUUUCCUGAAUUAUUUUACCGUUUUGAAGAAUUUGAAUCUCUGUACCCUGGUCAAAGUGCAACCGUCUGUGAGGUAUCUUCAGCUCUAGCUACCGGUGUUAAUAGUACACUGAGUGAAGAAUUCUGCAGUAAUGAACCCAUAGCGGACUCGGUUUUUUUGCACACUCUAACUAUAGGUUUGGCAUGCAUCCCAACUAGUUUUUGGCUACCAUUAUGCGUGCAUCGAUUAGGAGUCAAAUUUUUUUUAGUUUUCAGUUUACUAGUCGCUGGUGGAGUUACCGGUGGUCUCUACUUCGUUAACUCGACAGUUACAAAUUUAGUACUGUCUUGCAUAUUUGAAGCUUUCACUAGUUUAGGCAUUAGUACCGUAUACUGCGUGAUGGUUGACUUGUUCCCUACAAACUUGAGAGUAAUGGCGGCUGCUUUAUCCCUUACCUUUGGAAGGGGAGGAGCUUUAAUAGGCAACUUAAUAUUUGGAUUUCUAAUAGAUCUGAACUGCAUCGUACCGAUUGCCUUAUUCUCAAUAAUGCUAAUAGUGAGUGGGCUACUCUGCUUGCUGCUGCCAAACACAGGAAAAGGGGCACUAGAUUAAGUACGACGGCGGGAAUAAAAGCUCAAGCUCUAGUUGAAAUUAUUUUUCUAUUGAAAUAAUUUUAUUUAUUUAUUUAUUUUCACAAUGAAAUUUAUAGCGAAGUGCAUAGCACAACUUAAUUGUAUUGAUUAAAUUAUUUAUUUAUUCUUAAUUUAAUAUGUACAUAUAGGUAUUGCACAAUAAACUGUGACACGUUAUUAAAAAG